CAUGCAUCUUCUUCCGAAUUUCGCGGAGUGCUGGUGGGAUCAGGUCAUCCUGGAUAUCCUGCUGUGUAACGGCGGAGGGAUCUGGCUGGGAAUGACCGCCUGCCGCUUCCUGGAGAUGCGCACGUAUCACUGGGCCAGCAUCAAAGACAUCCACAGCACCACGGGGAAGAUCAAGCGCGCAGCGCUGCAGUUCACUCCUGCUAGCUGGACAUACGUGCGCUGGCUCGACCCCAAGUCCUCCUUACAGAGAGUGACGGGAGUCUAUCUGUUCAUGAUCAUCUGGCAGGUCAGUCCGCUCGCAUCUCUAGCAGCCAGUUAA